AUGGAUGAUAGUAGCAAUUCAGAUAUUUGCAGGGUGUGUAGAUCUGAAGGAUUGCCAGAUCGCCCCCUAUUUCACCCAUGCAUUUGUACUGGUUCAAUAAAAUGGAUUCACCAAGAAUGUUUAAUGCAAUGGAUGAGAUAUUCUAGAAAAGAAUAUUGUGAAUUGUGUAGUCAUAGAUUUUCCUUCACUCCUAUAUAUUCGCCCGAUAUGCCUCGACGGUUACCUCUAAGAGAUGUUGCAGGUGGUUUACUUUCUAGUAUUGCAACAGCUGUGAAAUAUUGGUUUCAUUAUACUCUUGUAGCCAUUGCUUGGCUUGGAGUUGUACCUCUGACUGCUUGUAGGACUUACAGAUGUUUAUUUUCUGGAUCUCUGGAAUCAAUUAUUACACUUCCACUUGAUGUGUUAACAACUCAAAACAUCCCGUCUGAUGUUUUUCAUGGAUGCUUUGUAAUUAUUUGCACUCUCUUUGCUUUCAUGGGUAUGAUUUGGUUAAGAGAGCAAAUCAUACAUGGAGGUGGACCAGAUUGGUUGGAAAGAGAUCAACCUCAACAACAAAUUGUUCAGGAACAAGUUGCACAAGAAAAUGCAGAAAAUUUGGUGGAACCAGCUAAUUUAAUUGAUGCAGAAAUCAAUAAUGACAACACAGUAGGAGAACAUCGCCCUGGGCCAUUUCCUGAACCUAAUGCAGCUGAUAAUGAAGAUAAUAAUGUAUUACCAGUUCAGCCUGGUGCAGGGCCAGUUGAAGGGAUUGAUCCUGAUGCAGCUGAGAAUGGUCAGGAUGAAGGAAAUUGGAAUCCCAUUGAAUGGGAUCGUGCUGUCGAAGAAUUGACUUGGGAACGUUUGUUCGGUUUGGAUGGUUCUUUGGUAUUUUUGGAAUAUGUAUUUUGGGUUGUGUCAUUAAAUACAUUAUUCAUUAUUAUAUUCGCUUUCUGUCCUUACCAUUUUGGAAGUUUUGCUAUAAGUGCAUUUGGACUACGUGAAAAAACUAUUGGAACUCAUUUUGAAGGUUUAAUAGCGACUCUUUGCGGUUAUUGUGUCAUUGGAUUUUGUCUUGUUAUUUUUCACUCAAUUGCUAGCUUUUUAAAUUUUCAAAAAUCCAGAAGAAUUUUGGGAUAUUGUUAUGUCGUAGUAAAGGUAUCACUCCUCUCAGUGGUUGAAAUAGGUGUAUUGCCCUUGAUAUGUGGGUGGUGGCUAGAUAUAUGUACUCUUGCCAUGUUUGAUGCAACUUUAAAGGAUAGAGAGACAGGUUUUAAACUUGCUCCUGGAACAUCCAUGUUUAUACAUUGGCUAAUUGGAAUCAUUUACGUAUAUUACUUUGCAAGCUUUGUAUUGCUUUUAAGAGAAGUUUUACGACCAGGAGUCCUAUGGUUUUUAAUUAAUUUAAACGACCCUGACUUUAGUCCCAUUCAGGAAUUAAUACACCUUCCUAUAAUUCAUCAUGUACGUCGUUUGUUGGCAUCAUCGGUUGUUUUUGGUACAGCCGUUUUAUUAAUGCUUUGGCUUCCGGUUAGAAUUCUCAGAGCUAUUUGGCCAAGUUUCUUACCAUAUACAGUAUCAUGGCAGAGCGAUACUCAAGUUAAUGAAUUAUCUCUCGAGUUACUUGUAUUGCAGAUAAUAAUACCCGCACUUUUGGAUCAACCGCAAUCCCGUGUUUGGAUGAAAACAUUAAUUCGUUUAUGGUGCAAAUCAACAGCUUGGGCUCUUGGAAUUCAUUCAUACCUUUUGGGGGACGAAGUCGAAUCAUCUAAUAACGCAGAAAAUGUUGAAAAUAAUGAAAAUAAUGACAACAAUGACAACGAUCAAGGAGUAUUUAAUAGAGUCGGAGGUCAUCAAGCUCUUCUUCCUCGAGAAGGUCCUAUUGGAGUUCAACCUUAUCAAAGGCCAACUUGGUUUUACGUCAGGCUGUUAGGUUUAUUAAUUGCACUCUUUGCUUCGUUAAUUAUUGCCAGUUUAGUGGCUUUAACCUUACCGGUGUGGAUAGGUAGGCAACUCAUGGUUUUUUGGGUCGGUGCUCCGCCGGUACACGAGCUCUAUACAGCAGCUUCUGGAACAUAUUUUUGUUGGUUGGUAGCGAGAGCCGUUACGCUUUUGAGAUCAUGGCUGCCUCAGGGAAGAGCUGCCAUUUUGGAAAAAAUGCGUCUGUGGUGUAUUUGGGGAUUAAAGUCUUUGGUGGCUUUCAGUGUUUUAUUGGGAGUAAUUCCUUUACUUUUUGGAUUACUUUUGGAAUUGGUCAUUGUAAUACCCUUGCGAGUUCCAUUGGAGCAAACUCCAAUACUUUUUGUUUGGCAAGAUUGGGCAUUAGGUGUUUUAUAUACAAAGAUAGCAUGUGCAGUUAUAAUGAUGGGGCCCAACUGGUCCAUGCAAAGAGCCAUUGAACGCGUAUAUCGCGAUGGAAUUCGACAUAUGGAUUUACAAUUUAUCAUGGUCGAAAUUGCGAUGCCCGUAAUUGCUUGUUUCGGUCUUGCCCUAGCAGUACCGUAUGCUACAGCACACGGAAUCGUUCCGCUCCUGAUUUCAAAUCUUCACGUGAGAAAUUUAAUUGUACGUCGUCUUUAUCCGUUUUUGCUGAUCGCUUUUCUCGCUGUUGGCGUCGUCAUAUUUCAAAUACGACAAUUUAAAAAAUUAUACGAACAUAUAAAAAACGAUAAGUAUUUAGUUGGUAAACGUCUGGUUAAUUAUGACCAUAGGCGAUCUCACAUCACUAAUUCUAGUGUUCAGUAA